AUGUUGUCAUUACAAUAGCCAACAUCUAAUGUAUAUCAUUUGGUUUAUUUGGUUAUUAAAAGGAUUUUUGGUUGUUAAUAGACAAAUAUCGAAAUACAAUAAUAAAGUUUGGAUUCAACAUUAAUUUAAUGGGUGGACCGAUUUUCAUAAGUUUUUUAACAAUAAGAUGAAUAAGGAUCUUAGAUUUAUAUUAUAAAAGCAUUAAGUUUAAUUUGUAAAGAAAUGAAUAAUUAAAAAAAAUAUAUAAGAAAAGCCAUUCUACCAUAAAUAACAUCAUUUUUUGAGGGACUAACAAACUCUAUUUAAUACCUAGAAGGUAUUUUAUGAAAUAAAAAUAAUAGAAAUUAAGUUUUUGGAUGAAAAUUUUGAAUAAGUAUUGAAUCAAGAGGUGCAAUUAUUUUAUACUUUAUAAAUAUUAACAGAAACACUUAAUUAAUUAAUGUGCAAUAAUAUCAUAUACAGUAGUUUACUAAAGAUAUUAAGUUUGCCAAUAUAAAAUAUAAAUAUAGAUCAUUUUAUUUUGUAAGAUAAUCCAACAGUUAUUUAAUCAGUGUUAAAGUUCUUUAAAUAAUAACUAUCAUGUAAAUAAACUUAAUAAAAUGUAAAAUAAUUAUUAUUAAAAUAUUUAUAAUAAUAAGUUGAAAUGGUUGGUUAAUACAUAAUAAUUGCAUAAUAUUCAUCAGAUUUAUUUGAUUAAAAUGAGUAUAUGGUCAUAAUUGAUAAUAUAUUGAAAAAAUAAUGCAAUAAUCAAAAUUAAGCCUUUCAACUUUAAAAAUUAGUAGCUUUAACAAACUUGUAUAUAUUAACCAAAGGAUAAGUCGAUAGAUUUAGAAAGAUAUUUUAAUUAAAUGUUUAAUUAUUAAACUCAUAAUUAAAUAUUGUAAAUUUCUUAAAUCUUGGUAAAUUAUGUGCACAUGCAAGUAAAAAUAAUACUUUGGAUGAGUAAGUCUUUAAAUGUAUUGUGGAUUAGUCAGAUAUUUAAUUUCCAUAUUAGUCAGAUAUUUAAUUUCCAUCAAUUGAAUAAAAUACGGCACAUAUUUUAUUUGAUAGCAUCUUAUAGAUGUUAAAGUUAUGUAAGACCCUUUAAUUUCCAAUAUUAUAAAAUAUCUAUCAAUAUUGGACAAAAUAUCCUAAUGAUUCAAAAGUAGCUUAAAUAUUCUAUGAAGUUUUGGAUAUUCUUGCCUCAGUUGAUCCAAAAUCAGUAUAAUAGACGUUCUCAGUCAAUGAUGAAAUAAUUUGGUUAAAAGUUAAUUCAAUUAUAGCUAAAUAUUAGCCACAAUUAUUAAUCAAAUUUAUUCCUUAAAUAGCAAAUUUAUUAUUAGAUUUUCAUGAAUACACUUAAUAAGGAAUUAUGCUUUUGAAAAAACUUUUAUAAUAUAAUACUAUUGAUUAAGUAACUAUGAAAGUAGUAUUUUAAAUUUUGGAAAUUCAAUUAAAUACUUAUGAAGAACAACAAUUAGAAGCAUAUACUGAAAAUGUUCAUGAUUUAUUGUUAGUAGUGUGGAAUAUAUAUAUGAAUAGAUAAAUAACAAUUUAGUUACUUAACAAUAUAAUCUCUAAAAUUAUGCAUACUUAAAUAUCCGCUACUGUUAAUGGUUUAACAACUAUUCUAUGCGCAAUAUACUUAUAAAAUUAGAACCAAUUUUUAUAAUGGCUUCAAUCAAACUCUGAAAAUACUUAAUAAUUAUUUAGUAGAUGGCUUUGUUUUGCAUCAAUAUUAGAAUCAAAAUCAUUAUUAUAAUUACAAAUAAAUGCAAUUUAUCAAUUUACAUAAUUACCAUUUCUAGAUUAGAUGCAUUAUGUAGAUCCUUUUGUUAAGUAUGUUAUACCAUUAAAAGCUAAAAUGAUGGAAUUUUUAAUUUAAAAACAAUAUUAAUGUGUAAGAAUUUUAUUAAAGCUAGUAAACAAUUAAUUAAAUAUAAACAGAAUUUGA